AUGAGUAGUGGAUCAAUUACAGAAACUGCAAAUGAAUUGACAGGUGAUUUAGACUGUAUCUCAUCGUUGGAGAUGCUUAGAUUGUUUAGAUCGACCGAUGCACAGAUAUUCAGUGGAUACAAGUCAUUCAUUGGUAUGAAUGAUAGUCAAUUCAUAGAAUCGAUGGCAUCAAUGAUCAAGUCUAUUCGUAGUAUUGUCAAUAGUGAUGAUAAUGAAUCGAAGCGAAUGGUUGACUUUGUCAUGUCAGGUGCUGGUACUAGUGGUCGUCUUGCCUUUUUUGUGGCACGUACAUUCAAUAGAUACAUUGAACAACAUAUGUCUGACAAGAAGCAAGCUGUCAGAUUCAACUAUCUGAUUGCUGGAGGUGACAGAUCACUUACGGUCGGUAUUGAAGGUGCCGAAGACGAUACUGUUGCAGCCAUCAAAGACAUUCAAUCAGUGUUGGACAAUAGAAAGAACACUACACUCGUAUACAUUGGUAUUACAUGUGGUUUCAGUGCACCCUACGUAGCUGCACAGAUCGACUAUCUCCUCAACACUGUCAAAGGCAACCAUAUCGUUUCGCUCAUGGGAUUCAACCCGUUGGACAGAGCUAGAAAGAUCAAGAUUGAACAAUGGGACCGUUCAUUCAACGACGUUGCACUCAACCUCUACCAACGUGCACUCGAGACACCAUCACAAUUCUUUUUCAUCAACCCUGUCAUUGGCCCAGAACCACUGACUGGAUCCACUCGUAUGAAGUCUGGAUCAGCCACUAAAAUACUCUUGGAAGUACUCUUUGCACUUUCACUCAAUGAUGGGAAAAAUCAAGAUGGUAAAUCCGACUUGGUGUAUGCCAUUCAACAUAAAUUCAACCUAUACGAACAAGCAUAUAGAUCAACCUACAGAUACAUUGAUGAGUUGGCACCAAUUAUUGAUAGUGUUGGAGCGUCACUCAAGAAUAAUGGACAUUUAUACUAUAUCGCCAGUGAUAGUAUGGGUAUUGUUGGAUUCAUUGACGCUUCAGAGACAGUCCCUACAUUUGGUGCUGGUAACUUGGAUGUGCGUGGCUUCAUUUUAGAUGACGAGCAAGGUCGUCAAGGAUGGAGUAUUAUGGAUAACCUCCAGGGAGAUGUAUCAUAUAUCUCUGAACAAUACAAAAUCAGUCAAUCACAUUUACAACAAUCAAUAAUCCCAACCAUCACUAGUGACGACACUGUCCUCAUCACCAUCAGUCCAAACCAACACCACAAUUUAAAUGUUAUCAUUAAUAUCAUUGAAACACUCAACAAACAAUCAAUUAAACCAAAUGUACUAUUAUAUCUAAAUGAAAAGGAAAAUGAUAAGGUUUCAUCAUCAUCAACUAUUACUACCCAAUUCAAAAAAUUAAAUGUCAAUUUAAUAUCGAUUGAUUUGAAUUUGGAUGAACAAGAGUUGAUCAAGGGUAUUAAUAGUUAUCAUGAAAUGUCGUUAAAGUGGAUUUAUAAUGCAUUGACAACUGGUGGAUUUGUUUUAAAAGGAAAGGUUUAUGGCAAUAGAAUGAUUGAUCUUGGAUUAACCAACAACAAGCUUUUCUACAGGUCAUGUGGUAUUGUCGAAAGUUUGAUGAAGGUUGAUUCCCAACGUGCAAGAGACUGUAUUCUACGUGCUAUUUAUUCAAUCAAUGACCAAGACACUAUUCCCCAACACAUUAUCGAUGCUGCCAUCUACACACAUAUCGAUCACGCCAACAUCAACCAAAUUCGUCAUGUUGUUCCAGUUGCUCUUCUCUUGGCAUCAAAUAAAUUCCAAUCACCAACAUCUAUUCGUGAAUCAAUUAAAUUACAACCAAUCAUUAAAUUACAUUUAAAUCAAAUCAAAUAA